AUUUGGCAUCGGGUUUCCUGCCCUUUCCCCACGCCACGCCACUCACUCCCCACAGUCUCGCACGGACGCGCCCUCCGGCGAGCCCCUCGCCGCGGCGGCAUUCCAACCGGAUCGGGCCAGGAUCCGGCCCCACGCCUUUCCGGAGAUGUCGACCCCGAAACGGCUCCCGUACUCCUCCUCUGGCUCUGGCGCUGGCGGACCGAGGCGCGGCUCCGGCGCCGGCUCCCGCGUGCUGCCGCCUGUGGUUGUCCUCGUGUUCCUCUUCGUGGUCGCGCCGUCGAUCUUCUUCGUCGCUCGCAGCGGCGUCCAGGUCCACGUGGCCUCCGAUCCUAAGGGUAUGGAUGACAAUCAGGAAACAGUUUCGCAAGAGCAGCUGGGGACAAACAAUCUGAAAUCUAUCUUGUCUAAGGAGGUGAUUGAUGCUAUAGUUGCCAGUCAACAAGAAACGGGCACUUUGAGUCUUGAUUUUUUUAGAAAUCAUGCAUCUCCCUCUUGGAAAACUGAUGAUCUAAUCAAUGGCAAGAUGAAUGUUAGUUUGAAUGUUGAUGACAAGACUAAAGCUCAAAACAGUUCUUCAGAACACGAUUUACCUCUAACAGAUAAAGCACCCAAGAAUGAUUCUGGUGAACAUCAAGUUGACACAGCAGUAAAAAUAGCUCGAAGGAAACUAAGGGAGAAAAGGCGAGAACAGAGGGCAAUGGAUUUGGUACGGAAAGAUGAUGAAGCACAUGUUAAGCUGGAGAAUGCGGCUAUUGAGCGAACAAAGGCUGUCGAUUCUGCGGUCCUUGGAAAAUACAGCAUAUGGAGAAAAGAGAAUGAGAAUGAGAACUCAGACACGUCAGUUAGGUUGAUAAGGGACCAAAUUAUUAUGGCUCGUGUUUAUUCUGUGCUUGCAAAAUCAAAGAACAAGCCUGAUCUUUAUCAAGAUCUGCAGGGCAGAAUCAAGGAAAGCCAGCGGGCUGUCGGAGAGGCUACUGCUGACACCGACCUCCAUCGCAGUGCACCUGAGAAAAUCACAGCAAUGGGUCAAGUCCUAUCUAAGGCUAGAGAAGAAGUGUAUGAUUGUAAGGUGAUCACUCAGAGACUAAGAGCAAUGCUUCAGUCUGCAGACGAACAGGUCAGGAGCUUGAAGAAGCAGAGUACAUUUCUUAGCCAGUUGGCUGCAAAGACAAUUCCGAACAGCAUUCACUGCUUGUCUAUGCGCUUAACAAUAGAUUACUAUCUCCUUCCUCUGGAGAAACGGAAGUUUCCGAGGGGUGAGAACUUGGAAAAUCCAGAGCUCUACCACUAUGCACUUUUCUCUGACAACGUCUUGGCUGCCUCCGUUGUUGUGAACUCAACCAUCAUGAAUGCUAAGGAGCCAGAGAAACAUGUUUUCCAUCUCGUGACUGAUAAGUUGAACUUUGGGGCCAUGAACAUGUGGUUUUUGCUGAACCCACCUGGCAAGGCCACCAUCCAUGUUGAGAAUGUGGAUGAAUUUAAAUGGUUGAACUCAUCAUACUGUCCUGUUUUACGACAACUGGAGUCUGCUGCCAUGAAAGAGUAUUAUUUUAAGGCUGAUCGCCCCACCACUCUUUCAGCAGGUUCUUCAAACCUAAAGUACCGUAAUCCCAAGUACCUAUCCAUGCUAAACCACUUGAGAUUUUAUCUCCCACAGAUCUAUCCAAAGUUGGAUAAGAUACUUUUCCUCGAUGAUGACAUAGUUGUGCAGAAAGAUCUGACAGGAUUAUGGGAUGUUGAUCUAAAUGGAAAGGUCAAUGGGGCUGUGGAGACCUGUGGAGAGAGUUUCCACCGGUUUGAUAAAUAUCUUAAUUUUUCAAAUCCACAUAUUGCUCGGAACUUUGAUCCUAAUGCUUGUGGCUGGGCAUAUGGGAUGAACAUCUUUGAUCUGAAGCAGUGGAAGAACAAAGAUAUUACCGGGAUCUACCACAGGUGGCAAAACAUGAACGAAGACAGGGUUCUUUGGAAGCUUGGGACACUUCCACCUGGCCUCAUGACGUUCUACAAGCUGACACAUCCGCUUGAUAAAUCGUGGCAUGUCCUUGGAUUAGGAUACAAUCCAAGCAUAGACCGCUCAGAGAUAGACAAUGCUGCUGUCGUUCAUUACAAUGGGAACAUGAAGCCAUGGUUGGAGCUGGCAAUGACUAAGUACCGACCCUAUUGGACAAGGUAUAUAAAGUAUGAUCAUCCUUAUAUCCGCGGAUGCAACUUGAGUGAGUAGAAAAAAAAAUGUAAAGAUGCCAGAAAGGGUCACCCAGCUGGAACAGAAGUGCCCCAUUCUGCUUGAGAUAUUUACUUAGAGCAAAGUAAGUUUAGCUGGAGCUAUUGAUUGAAUACGCCGAUGGAUGCUUUCAUGAAAGAUGUAUUAUAGUCUUAAGAGUUCGUUGUUCAACCAGUGUGCAGUUCUAUUUCCCCAACAAAAUUGUCAUGACAAACUGUUAAGCAUAUGCUCAGAGUUGGUGCUGCCGUCUUACUUAGCAGUAGCAGUAUUUCAAAUAGUAAUUGUUAUUGUAAGCAUUAAAUCUAUCAGUGCAUCAGAUGAAGGUGGAAAUGAUAAACUGAAUAGAGAUACAAUGAACCGCUGAUUUCAGCUUUUCA